AUGAUUGAAGUUAAGGGUUCUACUCUAAGUCCUAAUAAACUAGAUUCAGACAUUGGGAUUGCUCCAUUAGAAAAGUUCAUCUUUACUAUUUGUGACAUUGAGCAUACACUUGAAGAUGAUUAUGGCUUUAAAAGAGAAAAAAAUGGUGAAAUUCGCUUUAUUCUUUUUGUUGAUGAGGCUGAUUUGGAUACUGGACAACUGCAACAUUUUGAUGGUAAAUUUGCUUCUCCAAAGCCACCAAAGAUUGAAGAUGUAGUAGAAAAGACUAUUGCUAAAGUUGAUGAAACAUUAGCUAUUCGCUUAGAAGAAGUUAAUAACAGAAUAUCCGAAAUCAGAGAAGAAAUAUCUUCAAGAGGAGGAGAAUAUGUUGGAACACUCAACUUAGGAAUUACCCAAAUAACCGGAAUGUUAGCCGAAAUAGGAAAAAAAAUCUAA